CUGAAUUUGUAGAAGGCGUCACUAAUUUUGUGGAGUAUGCAAAGACACUAGAACUUUUUCAACGUAAUGGUGUGCUUAAGUGUCCUUGUAAUAAAUGUCAAUGUUUGAAUUAUGAAAAACAAGAUAUUGUUAAGGGCGAAGGAUCCAAGAUUUAAGCAAAUGAGUGAGAUCGGUAAGAAGGCUAGACCAUCUACUAAGGGUGGUUCUCUACACACAAGUGGGUCUCAAAGUCAAGGAAGUAUGAGGAGGAAAUUGGAAAAGGAACUAGGAAGAUUGGUAACUCAGACUGAGGCAUUCAAGGUAACACACAUAAGAAAGAAGAAAAAUCUUGAAGAUCCAGACGUGUGGGUUGAGCCGCGAGCUGAAUUGACCUAUAAUCGAUAUCUUCAAGUUUUGGAGGAUUUACGACAAACUUAACAUGAAGAAAUCGAGGUAUGCCACUUACCCAAGAACAGGCUGAGAGAGUGUGGCUAGCUU